CAAUGUCCAGAACAGGAAUCUGUACCUGGCCACACUUGGCGCAGUGUUGGGGCCCCUGAGCUUUGGUUUUGUCUUGGGGUUCAGCUCUCCAGCCAUCUCUGAUUUGAAGAACACGGAGGAUCCGCGGCUAAUUCUGGACCAAGAGACGGCGUCAUGGUUUGGUUCUAUAGUCACCAUUGGUGCAGCUGCUGGGGGCAUCCUUGGUGGGUGGCUGGUGGACCGCGUGGGCCGGAAGCUCAGCCUCAUGCUCUGCGCUUUUCCUUAUGUCCUUGGCUUCGCCCUGAUCAUAUCUGCUCAAAACAUGUGGAUGUUGCUGGGUGGCCGCGUGUUGUCCGGACUUGCCAGCGGAGUCACCUCCUUGGUGGUCCCAGUGUAUAUUUCAGAGACGUCACACUCCGGGGUCCGAGGGAUGUUGGGCUCCUGCGUACAGCUGAUGGUGGUCACUGGAAUUGUAGGAGCUUAUAUUGCAGGAAUGGUCGUGAGCUGGCGCUGGCUGGCGGUGGUCUGCUCUGUGCCCCCUGUCCUCAUGGUGAUUUUAAUGUGCUUCAUGCCCGAGACCCCACGAUAUCUCAUCAACCAGGAGAGACGAGCAGAGGCGAUGGCUGCUCUGCACUUUCUGCGAGGGCCAGAUGUGGACCAUGAGUGGGAAUACCGGCAAAUCGAGGCCAGCGGGGAUCAGCAGGAGGAUGGGUUAAAGAUGGCGGAUUUCAUGGCACCGUCUAUAUACAAACCAUUCAUCAUCGGCAUCCUACUCAUGUUUUUCCAGCAGGCCACCGGCAUUAACGCCAUCAUGUUCUAUGCCGAUAUGAUAUUUGAGGAAGCAAAGUUCCAGAACAGUAGCUUGGCUUCGGUUAUUGUUGGGCUGGUGCAGGUGGUGUUCACAGCGGUGGCUGCGCUCAUCAUGGACCGGGCUGGGAGGAAGGUCCUUUUGGUCAUCUCAGGGGUCGUUAUGGCGAUCAGCACCGCCUUGUUUGGGGUGUAUUUUAGAAUCAGUGUGGCGCAUGUGAACAACUCAUCAGGCGUGACGAGCCCCGGGGAAAUGGCGGACGGCCCCACCGAUCCACUGGCAUGGUUGGCUUUGGUCAGCAUGGGUCUGUUCAUCGCUGGGUUCGCCAUCGGCUGGGGCCCCAUUCCCUGGCUCCUCAUGUCUGAGAUCUUCCCUCUUCGUGCCCGGGGCGUGGCCAGCGGAGUGUGUGUCGUCACCAAUUGGGGCUGCGCUUUUCUUGUUACAAAGAUUUUUCAUGACCUACUGGAUCUUCUGACCUCCUAUGGGACCUUCUGGUUAUUUGCUGCUUUCUGUGGACUCAACGUCCUGUUCACCGUCCUGUGUGUCCCCGAGACUAAAGGGAAAACUCUGGAGCAAAUUCAGUCUUAUUUCCAGCAAAGUCCAGAAAGAGGAAGAGUCUUCUCCAGCUCCAUCCAGUAAAGACUUUGUGUCCGGGCAGGUGACCCCGUCAAAAAAGUCCAAAAAGGACUUACGGGGGCACUGAAGGAUCCAUCGAGAGACCAGGGCAUAAAGGGGCAAAGCAUGGCCCAAGACUUCAGGCCCCUCCCCCCUGGCACUGUACAUAAGUCACAUUAUUCUGGAUUGUUCCUGUAAAACGUGUACCCUGCAGGUGAAGGGCGGAGCUCAGUCAGACCACCCCCACCAGUGUUCAUUAGUUUUGAGGCAGAAUGAUUUAAUUAUUGGCUGCUCCAGAACCCUGAGGAAGACUCAUCCAUAACGUGAGGUUCUGACUGUACAGGACUGUUCUAGAGGUUCUUGUGGAGAAUAAAUCUAUUAAACACA